AUGGUCCUGACCGUCUCCCAGCAGAUGAAUGUCGAAACCGACAUCAUCACCUUGACCCGUUUUAUUCUCGAGGAGCAGCAAAAAUUCGCUCCAAACGCUACUGGCGAGUUGUCUCUCCUUUUGAACUCGCUCCAGUUUGCAUUCAAGUUUAUUGCCCACAACAUUAGAAGAGCCGAAUUGGUCAACCUUAUCGGUAUCUCGGGUACCGCCAACACCACCGGUGAUGUGCAGAAGAAAUUGGACGUGAUUGGUGACGAGAUUUUCAUCAAUGCCAUGAAAUCUAGUGGUAACGUCAAGGUUCUUGUUUCUGAGGAACAGGAAGAUCUCAUUGUCUUCGAGGGUGGUGGCCGUUACGCCGUGUGUACUGACCCAAUUGAUGGUUCUUCCAACAUUGACGCCGGUGUCUCCGUCGGUACUAUUUUCGGUGUUUACCGUUUGAGAGACGACUCCACCGGCUCCAUCAAGGACGUCUUGAGAAAGGGUACUGAGAUGGUUGCUGCUGGUUACACCAUGUACGGUGCCUCUGCUCACCUCAUGUUGACCCACGGCAGAGGUGUCCAUGGUUUCACCUUGGACACCCAGUUGGGUGAGUUCAUCUUGACGCAACCAGACUUGAAGAUUCCUCCAACCAGAGCCAUCUACUCUGUCAACGAAGGUAACUCAUACUACUGGCCUGAAUACGUGAAGAAGUACAUUGCUGACUUGAAGGAACCACAGGAAGAGUUGAAGGGUAAGCCAUACUCGGCACGUUACAUUGGUUCCAUGGUGGCCGAUAUUCACAGAACACUCUUGUACGGUGGUAUUUUCUCGUACCCAGCCGACUCCAAGUCUAAGAACGGUAAGUUGAGAGUCUUGUACGAGUGUUUCCCAAUGGCCAUGUUGAUGGAGCAGGCCGGUGGUUCUGCUGUCAACGAUAAAGGUGAGAGGAUUUUGGACAUCUUGCCAAAGGGCAUCCAUGACAAAUCUGGCAUUUGGUUGGGCUCUAAGGGCGAGGUCGACCGUUUCUUGACCUACGUUCCAUAA